AUGGCAGAGAGCUCGCAUAACAACGCGCGUGAAAGCAACGCAGAAAAUAAAAAUGAAGAAAGCAUUAAUAAUAUUAAUCAAUCAAAUAACAAUAACAGUUUUAAAUUCUCGAUGGACUCUUUGGGAGGAAUAGCAGCACCGAAUUUUCGAUUUGCUUCACAAAAUGAUCUAGGUAGAUUAUUUGCUGCACAAGGGAAUAUCGGAAGUGGUGGUAAUACGUCUGGUAACAUCAAUAAUACUAUUGCCAACAAUAAUGGCGGUAAUACUGGUAUAUUAUCUGAAAACGCGACUUCAUCUCACCCAUCAUAUUUUGAACAAGUUGAUCAAUAUCACUCGCACACCCCACUACUUCGAAAAAUCGCGCGUCCAAUGCCUCCAUCGCUGAACACCAACUUCUUAAUUGCGCAUAAUAAUAAUACGCAUGGGCUUGGUUCCUCAUCGUUUCCCUUGGAUAGCAGUAAUACUGCUGCUAGCCCUGAAGACGUCAUCAGCCAUCGUCGACGCGAUAGUAAUGUUUCGGCGAUGUCGAUACAAAUGUAUGAUGCUGCCGAACCGACACAUCAACGACGUGAUAGCAAUGUGUCGAACAUGUCGAUGCAGCUUGAUACGCCGACACCAUCAAGCGGAUCAUCUAGUCCUCAAUUUAUGAGAAGACUAAGCAUGGACGUGAAUAUGGACAAUAAUAAUUUAGCUUUUUCUUCCUCAUCACCUUCAAUCAUCGAUCAAAGAAAUAACGAGAAGCCAUCACCAAUGCAACGUGCUGUUCGAGCAAGAAGAGCGUCUUUAUUGCCAAAAACAAAAUCGUUUCAACGUAUAGUACAUGAGUUGCAGGAAGAAGCCAAACCAUUAGAAACAGAGAUAAAGCAAGAGUAUAAAACUACCAAAGUAUUGAUGAACGAGAGUGAAAAAUAUAUGGAUUCCGAUUCAGGCACAUCAGAGAAAAUAUUAUCCCAAGAAUUUCUUGCUACGUGGAGCAAGUUCCGUGAUGUCCAACCAUCCCCUCCGCCAUACACCGCGUCAAAACUAAAUCCUGAAGUCGAGAUGUCUUUUCGCCAAGAUACACCAUCACCAACUUCAUCAAUUGCGGGUCCAUGGCCUAAUGGUCGGAUAAAACGAAAAGCCUCUGAUGAUCGUUUUGAACCAUAUUUCAAUCCAAAACGACGUGCUGUCUCACCAAGUCUAGGCGGUAGUCCUCCUGUUCCAUCGCCACCAAUGGGAUCGACAUCACCAAUUGGGAUUAUGUCAACCUCGACUAGCUCAACACCUUCCACGCCACUACAACAA